AUGCGUCUGACAGUGGCCGUGGUGACGCUGCUGGCGGCGGCCGCCGCCUUUGACGUGGAGGACCUGCCUCCGAUCGACACCAUAGCGGACCAAAUCAACUCCGGCCAGGUGCCAGCCGAGCGUGUGGCGGAGAUGGCGCGCGACGGCCAGGUACCGAUCGAGUACAUGAUGGAUGUCAAGCACAGCCUGACGCCCGAGGCCAAGCGGCGCGUGGCUGAGGCCAUGCACCGCCACAGUGGCGUCAUUCCUGUGCCCCGUCCGGGUGAUGUCAUCGAUGACGUCAGCGCGCUGAGGAUCCUCGGCUUCUACUCCAGACAGGAGUCGCAGGUGUGCACCGGACGCUUCCAGAAUCUGUACAACUUCUACACAGCCGACCGGACGCUGGGACCCACCAAGGUGGAUGCCGAGGUCGAAUACCUCAGGCUGUGGCGUGAAUUCGCCACAAACGCCACCAACCUGGACUUGUCUUCACUCGACCGAACUGACCUGGUGGAGCUGUUCAUGGUGCUCAAGCAUGGUGGAGUUUCGAUGCUGAGCGACCAAGAUCUGCGUGAACUGGUGACAGCCAUGACCAACUUGGAGACAACCUUCGCCGGAGCCAAGAUUUGCGACUACUUUGAGAAGAGCCGCUGUAAUCUGAAUCUGUACAAAGACGUGCGUGUGAAGCUGGCCUACUCGGCCGUGUCGCUCACCCCCCGCCUCGUGUCAGACGUGCGUGUGAAGCUGGCCUCUUCCACGAAUCGCAACGAGCUCCUCCACUAUUGGGUCACGUGGCGCAACCAGCUGUCGCGCAACUCGCCCCGGCUCUACGGCACCUACGUCCGCCUGCUGGACGCGGCCGCCAAGCUGCACAAUUCCAAAUCGAACGCCUGGGACCUGGUCAUGUACCCGUAUGCGCACGGAAACAUGCGUGACCUGCUCAGCCAGCUGGAGCGCAUCUGGGAGAAGGAGAUCUCGCCCAUGUACUGGCAGUUGCACACGUACGCGCGGUACCGACUGCGCGAGCGGUAUGGUUCCGAUGCGGUACCAGAGCGCGGCGCGAUCCCGGCGCACCUGCUGGGCAGCCUGGAGGCGGACGACUGGAGCCCGCUGGAGCACCUGCUGCAGCCCGUCGCCAACGCCAGCCGGCUCGACUUCCACCGGCGCUGCAUGGACCACGUCAGUUGGCGCGACCCCGACAGAAACUAG